UUACAAUUAAAUGUCACUGAGCUGGCUGUGCAGGCUGAUGACGGGCUGAGGUUCUGUCUGCCUGCUGUGCUCAACCCCCGCUACCAACCUCAGGGUGUCGAAGGUGCCAGUGUGCAGGUGUUCUUUGUUCCGGCCUCUCUGGUUCCCUAAACUCUGUCUGUUUGUGCCCGACUCUUCUCUCCUCGUCCAAUAUCUAAGGUGGAGUCCAGCUGCUCCCUGGACCCUCUGCAGUACCUCAACACCAAUCAAACUCAGGCCACAGUAGGCAGAUUUGACAGAGAUGUUGAGCUGCUGAUUUACUACAAAGAUGCCCACCAGCCCACUGCUGUGGUGGAGGCAGGACAGGCCUCAGCCAAGACUGGUACUCUGAUGGGUGAUCCAGUGGUGAUGGUGAGUCUGUAUCCUGAGUUCCCCCAGUCUGUGAAGUUUUCAGCGGCCUCAUGUGGAGAGUUUGUGUUCUUGCUGGAUCGAUCUGGAAGUAUGGACUGUCCUACCAGUAACAGCAAGCAGCAAGGAACUCGCAUCAGCAGUGCCAGGGUAUUCAGCAGAUUUGAAGAGAUGGAGGCUGAUCUGGGAGGAACAGAGAUCCUCAGGCCUCUUAGACACAUUUACAGCCAGCACUGCAUUCCCACUCAGCCUCGACAGGUAACACACAGAUCAGAGGCAGCAGAGGGCAGUGUGACGGUGAAGUACAGCCUGGCAGGUCGACCCUCUCAGAACCAGCUGCACUUCAGUGUCAAACCUGCAGAGGACACUGGAUUAACUGUCCACCGGUUGGCGGCUCGGACUCUGAUUCACUCCCUGGAGAUGGAGGACAGAAGUGAUAUGAGAAAGAAUGAUGGAGGAGUGAAGGAGAAGGUGGUGCAGCUCAGUGUCCAAUCAGGAGUGAGCAGUUCCUUCACAGCCUUCAUUGCUGUCAACAAAGACAACCACGAGGCCAUCCAGGGACCUCGAGUGACACGAAGGCCUCUGGCUGCUGCUCUGGGGAAGACCAGCAAGGAGGUGGACAAGUCAAAACCCGCACCGGUCAGGGAGGAAGUGUGGGCCACCAUCCUGGCUCUGAUCUGGCUUCAUGGCUGCAAGAUGGACUCAAAGGAAAAGUGGGAGCUUCUGGCUAAGAAGGCUGCAUCGUGGCUCCGUGCUCACAGCGCACCGGCUGUGAUGGAGUGUGUGGAAGCUGGAAAUGCACUGCUGGGAUGCAGCGUGCAGAAAGACGCCCUGAUGCUCUGAGGCCUUUAUUAGAGAGGCUUCACCCUCAGGACCACGGCUC